UUGGAAGACCAAUACAGUCGCAAGACACCAUUGGAGCACGUCCUGUUGCGACCGAGCAUGUACGUCGGCUCGAACGAAAAGGCACAGCCAAUAGCUUGCUGGGUACCCGAUCCGAUUCCAACCCCACCGACCGAAGAACUUUUAAUGAAAACGACAAGCGUUUUUGACGAAAUUUUGGUGAAUGCUGCCGACAAUCUUCAACGUCACCCAGACUCCUGCACCCGUAUCGAUGUGAUUAUUGACCCUGGUUCUGACAAUCGAGAUCCCUUUAUACGUGUUCGAAAUGAUGGCAAAGGUAUCCCUGUGCAGGUGCACCAAAAGGAAGGCAUGUACGUACCAGAAAUGCUUUUUGGGCACUUGCUUACGGGUUCCAACUUUGAUGACAAUGAAAAGCGUUUGACGGGUGGACGACAUGGGUUCGGUGCAAAGUUGACCAACAUCUUCUCCAAAUCGUUCACGGUCGAAACUUUGGACUCGCGAAAACGGCUGAAAUAUAGACAGACUUGGUCGUCCAAUAUGACCAAUGCCUCCUCGCCGGAAAUUGUUGAGGUGCCGGCCGAUGCUACUGACUAUACAUGCGUUUCCUUCGUUCCAGAUGUAGCUCGCUUGACCAAUGAUGCAUCAGCACUUUCAAUAUCUAAGGAAGACUAUGCCUUGAUGUGUCGUCGAGUUUUGGAUGUGGCGGGCUGCUCGGCAGGAAGGUUGAGGGUGACACUGAACGGAGUUGACGUUACGAUGGGAUCCUUUCCCGACUAUGCUCGGCUGUAUCGCAAGCAAGAUUCACUGCCUGUUUGUUUUGAUGCCAUCAAUUCACGAUGGACUGUGGGUGUGGGCCUCUCGGAGACUGGCUCCUUCGAAAUGGUGUCGUUUGUCAACGGUAUGGCGACAAGUCGAGGCGGGACGCACGUGAAUUCUAUACUACAACAAGUCAUAAAGAAAAUUCAAGAGAAGAUCGAGAAGACUGAUCCUGAACUGGUUCAAAUGGCUUCCCAAGGCGUGAUCCGAAGGCACCUAUUUGUGUCAGUAGCCGCGCUCAUUGAAAACCCGACUUUCGACUCCCAAAUGAAAGAGUGCCUAACGUCCAGUCCAGCUGAUUUCGGGAGCUCCUUCAGCCUGAGCGAAAGUUUUAUCAAGUCUGUUUUACAGAGCGAAGAGGAAGGAGGUCCAGGUAUUGUAGAAGAGAUUCGUAGGGCAGCUCAGAGUAGACAGCAAGCAACGCUGUUGAAAGUGAUCGGCGGGAAGACGAGCAAGCGCCAGCUCUUGUCGAUUCCAAAACUCGAGGAUGCCCACCAUGCUGGGACAAAAAGCGGAUCGGAAUGUACCUUGAUUCUUACCGAAGGUGACUCUGCGAAAGCAUUAGCGGUUGCCGGGCUUGAAGUCAUUGGUCGAGCCCGGUAUGGAGUUUUUCCUCUGCGUGGCAAACUGCUCAACGUACGUGAAGCAGCAGUAUCCCAAAUGGCAAAAAAUGCUGAAGUAACGGCGCUAUGUGCAAUAAUCGGACUGGAUUUCGACAAGACGUACGAGACAAUUGAAGAACGAAGAAAAUUGAGAUACGGGAAGGUUAUGCUGAUGACAGAUCAGGAUACAGACGGCUCUCAUAUCAAAGGAUUGGUCAUGAACUUUUUCCGAUAUUUUUGGCCGAAUUUGUUGAAACCGCCCGUGGACUUGCAAGUGAACGAUGAGGACGAAACCCCACCGUUUCUCUCGUCAUUUGUUACUCCUCUUCUCAAAGCGAGUAAGAAGUCUUCCAAAACGGGUACUCUCUCGUUUUACUCGAUGGCGGAAUACAAAAAAUGGCGAGGAUCGAUUGAAGCAGAGGAUUUCAAAAAGUGGACCGUCAAAUACUACAAAGGUUUGGGAACAAGCACACCAGCUGAGGCCAGAGAGUACUUUUCUGCCUUCAAUGAUCACUUCCGUCCGUUUUUGUGGAAUUCAGACAUCGAUGGAGAACUCCUUGACAUGGUUUUUGAUGGCGAGCGUGCGGCAGAUCGGCGAGCUUGGAUUCUAGAUGUCUAUGACGAGACUUCCAAUUUGUUGAACGAUCCGUCUGCGGGAAAUAAUGUAAGCUAUGAAGACUUCAUCAACAAAGAAAUGAUUCAUUUUUCAAAUGCGGACAACAUUCGCAGCAUACCUAGUGCCAUUGAUGGGCUAAAACCAUCGCAGCGGAAGGUGCUGUACGCAUGCUUUAAGAGAAAACUGAAGUCAGAGAUAAAAGUCGCGCAGCUCACAGGAUAUUGCGCGGAGCAUACAGCAUACCAUCACGGAGAGGCGUCCUUGCAGUCUACAAUAAUUGGGAUGGCUCAGGACUUUGUGGGCUCAAACAACAUUAAUCUUCUUGUGCCCUCCGGUCAAUUCGGGACACGGAUUAUGGGAGGUGCUGAUGCAGCGUCGCCCCGUUACAUUUAUACGUAUUUAGCACCAAUCGCACGCUCUCUAUUCCCGGAAGCCGAUGAUACUUUGCUAUCCUAUCUAGAAGACGAUGGGCAGCAGAUUGAGCCGGAAUUUUACUGCCCAAUUAUUCCGCUUUUGGUGGUCAAUGGUUGUCAAGGGAUUGGUACUGGAUGGAGCACAUUUAUUCCCCCGCACAGCGCCAACGACGUGCUGGAAUACAUUCUUGCUAAGCUCGAUGGGGCUGAGAGAUUGCCGAAGAUCCAUCCGUUUGCGAGAGGCUUUCAAGGAAGAAUAGAGCCUGACCCAAAUGGGAAUGGAUAUGUAUCUUUCGGCCGCUCGUCUUGUAUAUCCGACAGGACCAUUCUUAUCGAUGAGCUACCUCUGCGAUGCUGGACAAACAAAUACAAAGGAAUAUUAUUGAAGAUGCGCGACCGAGGAGAAGUCACGAGUUUCGUUGAGAAUCACAACACGUCGAAGGUCUCGUUUCUAGUUACUCUCAAGUCUGCCCAAUUGGCACGAAUGACACAGGCUGGCCUAGAAAAGAGUUUCAAGUUGAAAACGAAUUUGCAGACGACAAACAUGCAUGCUUUUAAUAAAGACGGUCAAAUCUGCAAAUUCGAUACUGCGGAAAGCAUUGUAGAAGCAUUCUUCCCCGUCCGCAUGCAGUUGUAUCAGGAUCGAAUCGCCCUUUUGCAGUCUUUGUUGAACUACGAGGCUUCUAUACUUCGCAACAAAGCUGGCUUCAUUAAAGCUGUAACUAGCGGAGACAUCGAUCUUACGAGCGGUCGCAGAUCAAAGCAGGAAACUUCGAAAAAGUUAAAGGAACAUGGUUUCCUGGACUCAGUCGAGUUGAAUGCAAUUAAAAAUGAAAACGUCCUCUGGAAGAGACGUCAAUUUGCCUCUGAAAAGGGGGAGGGCGGUUCCAACUUAGAACCAAUGAACUUUGAUUAUCUCUUGAACAUGCCGCUGUCUAGCUUAACUAGCGAAAAGAUACGAGAGCUUGGUGAACAUGCCGCGACGAAAGACAAAGAGUUGGAGGAAAUGAAAUCUACUACUCCGGUGGACCUGUGGCGGCGCGAUUUACAAAAGCUUGCUCUCCUAUUGUAA